UAUGCUUUAUAAAGAGAUCGCAGUGGUUUCUGGUAAAGGUUCUGGAGAUAGGAGACGGGCGCGCCUUAGCCUACGGGAUGAGUCUCAUUUAGAGUAUUAAAGCAGAAGGACUUCUGUUCGGCAUCUUUGUUGUUGAUGCUACGUUUCAGCGAGCGGUAGUGAAAAGGCAGGAAUGGCAGACAUACGGAAGAAACUUGUCGUGGUGGGGGAUGGCGCAUGUGGGAAAACAUGUCUACUGAUUGUAUUCAGCAAAGACGAGUUUCCUGAAGUGUAUGUUCCGACUGUGUUUGAGACAUAUGUGGCGGACAUAGAAGUGGAAAACAAGCAAGUCCAGCUAGCUUUGUGGGACACAGCUGGGCAGGAGGACUACGACCGGCUGCGCCCCCUCUCCUAUCCGGACACCGAUGUCAUUCUGAUGUGCUUCUCCGUGGACAGCCCGGACUCGUUGGAAAACAUCCCUGAAAAGUGGGUCCCUGAAAUCAAACACUUUUGUCCGAAUGUACCCAUUAUAUUAGUGGCCAACAAGAAAGAUAUGCGCAACGACGAGAACGUAAAGAACGAGCUGUCCCGGUUGAAACUGGAGCCAGUGAAAGCAGAGGAUGGCCGGGCCAUGGCCAUGCGCAUUGGCGCAUAUGACUAUUUGGAGUGCUCUGCCAAAACCAAGGAGGGGAUCUGGGAGGUAUUCGAAACUGCAACACGGGCAGCCUUACAAAAACGGAAAAUACCAUCAGGAAGUUGUCUGAAAUGCUGUGUUUUGAUGUGAAUCGACGCUGUCUGGAAAACCGUGACGCGCAGACUAGACUCUUCCCACGCUGGCAUCUGGGUCUUAACAUGUACGGGCAGUGACAAUGGUUUGGAUACUCCCUUGUAAUCAGACGACCUUGGUUGAACCAAAAUCAAUGACUUCAAACAGGUUGUUUUGAACACACUCGAUGAUCAUCUGAUAUCGGGGUGUGUGUGUGUGUGUGUGAAAUACACUGGUUACAGCACGUUGUAUGUGGGUCACGUGAUCCCAGUCUGGCAGGUUGAGGGUUAAAAAGGACAAACUACAUAUCCUUAUUUAUCCCCUUCUAAUGAAGACGUGUCCUUUCCAAAGGCCUGCUUUCAAGCCAAUGUUUAAAUUGCUUACUUUUUGUGUUUCAAAGUGUUUGCAUAGGCCACUGCCUUACUGCCAAGGUUAUACUUUGUAAUAAGCAAAGCAGUAAAAAAAAAAAAUUGCACUCAAUAUUAAUGUCCACUUUGUAUUGUACAAAUUACUGUAUUUAGUUUGUGAAAUUGCACAGCAUCUGUACACUACAGUGAUUCACAGAAAGUUUUAUAAGAAGUUCAAGUCAGCGCAAGGAUGCCUAUGGUGGUCUGUAUACUUUCUUCUGAUGUGUUACGCCAUUUUGAAUAAAGACAUAACUUAAGUUUACAGUUAAAGAAAUCAGUUGUCUCAGGUGUGUUGGUUGGAACCACAUCGUAAAAGUAUGUUUUCGACUUCACCGUCGAAAAUUCCUAGUAAAGUGUUUUUUAAGCAACAGGCCAAAUAACAUUGAAGGUCUAAGAGACUGCACAUUGGCCUGCCUUGAAAAGGGCUUCACCAUAUUGUCCAGCGUAGUUAGUUUCAGGUAGAUAUUUUGUUAAAAUUAAAUGUAAAAACUCUUAAGAAAUAUACUUUUUAAGAUUGCUUAGCAUAAUUCUACCCUACAUUACAGCUUACCUGAACCAAAAUCAUCUGAAGCACAUAGUAUCUCACCGUGUUUCUGAACUAUCCACGUCUAGCUGUUUCACAGGCUGGCAUAUCUCAGCUGUCUCAAAUACUUGGAAGACCUGGUUGACACUUUCUACUUAGCUACAGCUUCCUUUACAGUUAUGGUGUUGAUAUUUACAAGAGAAGAUUGAGCAUGUGUGAUGAUGGUUUAGCAUGUGAGUGCUUUGCUCAGUGAAACACAUUUUCUUAGAAAAUGUCAUGAAAAGAAGAACAGACAAUGUCAGAGCUCUAUGAGCACACGGUCAUAUGGGAUUAUGGGAAAGUGUGGCAAUUUACAUUUUUUUUGGAACUGUGUCAUAUGUUAUUAAAACCACAAUCUUAUAAUAAUUACACAAAAGGAUAUCCCUUUGACUAAAACAGUAGUGUUUUUGAUGAAGGUGUUAAAUGUGUUUACAGUAGUAAAGCUGAAUUAUUAUUGAUUGAGAAACACAAAAAAUACAAACUUUCCAUGUUAAUGUCUUCCAUUAUGACUGAAUGUACCUCAAAUUUAUUUGGUCAAAAAUAUUGUUAGUGCUUUGAAAUUAGCAACAGAAAUUUAAACUACAUUUAACAUACUUGUAUAAUGAAUUAAACUCAUGUUUGAUCUGUGUCUUCACAAAAGUGUUGUGUUGCUGUCCUCUUAUACGAUAGUGGGAGUGGAUAGUGGGAGUGCUUGUUCGAAUGACAGCUAUGAACAUCAAUUACAGAGGGUGCUGUAACACUGGGAAUCCAGGGUAAAAACCUUGGUGGAUUUACUAAACUAAUCUAAGUUAUUCUUUUAGUGACUAAAUUUAGCUUUAAUGUAAUUUUCCGGUGGUUCAUUAAACAACCAUAAUGAAGAUAAAUCAGAGUGUAAAAAGAGUGUCUUAUAAAUCAAACCAGAGUUACAAUGGUGUAAAAGUCACAUUCCUCCCUGUCUUCUGUUGCUGGGCUUUUUGCUGACUUACAGGACAGGAAUGCAUUGUGCUGGACUGGUUAAUUUUCCCACACUGGCCCCCCUCAUGUGCCUCUGAUUUCCAAUGUUGUUAGGUUAUUAUUCAGUGAUCACACAGUUCAGAGCAUAUUUUUCUUUACUUUCAUUCUUUUGAAAAACUAUGGAACCAUGAAGAAGAAAAAUUAUGAAAAUGUGCUAAACAUGUUUGUUUGUAAGAGUUUAUCAAAUUAAGACCACAUUAAUGUAAUGAAAUAAUGUCUAGGUUUGAAUGGGACAAACAGACAUUUUUGUGAGAAAAACAAUACGAUAUGUAAGGGAACAAUUGGUACUGUUUUGGGAACGUCAAUAAAAAAAUGAAUGUGUCACCACC